AUGCGGCGUUUGCUCCGCUUGAACCCUCUUUUCCUCGAGCUGCUCAGGGUGUGCACCAUUCGCUCCCUGCUCACCAAGCCUUACGCGACAUCAACACGAGCCGCGCCACAUAUUGUCCGCGAGUAUCGAAAACUCUCGUCACAACAUCUACUGAGCGUUGUUGCUAUCAACGAGUCGGUGCUAGCAGCACAACCUCUUGCAAGUCGGUAUUCGAUAAGUUUUUUUACAGCGGCAUCAACCGUGCAGGUGAACCCAGUUGACAGCUCCGCUACAACGGAUCGCGACGUGUUUUGUGUUUAUCAGCGCUUACCGAUUGAAGAUACGCCACCAGCCAAAGAGUCAACUGAUGCGGAGACCGAAGAAAAAAACCGACACUGA